GCUCAUAACCACUUCCGUCCCAGAACGCCGCACACGUUGUUCCAUCACCCCAUUAACUUAUCAUCUCGCUGCUUCGGUGCACUACCUUUUCAUCCGUCGGAAUUAUAUACAGCCGCUUUAUUUCAAUAAUUUCAACGACACCAUGGUUGGCCACGGUAUGACGGGGAUGCUCGGCGAGGAUGGUAUCCAUGUUGAUAUGAACCACCUCAAGAAGGGAGAAGUGAACCUAGGAACCUCGAUUAUGGCUAUCAACUUCAACGGAGGUGUUAUAUUGGGCGCGGACAGCCGAACGACAACCGGAGCAUACAUCGCCAACCGAGUUACCGACAAAUUGACGCAGGUGCAUGACACGAUCUGGUGCUGCCGAUCGGGGUCUGCGGCGGACACCCAGGCUGUGGCAGAUAUCGUGUCCUACCAUCUUAACAUGUAUUCGAUCGUCAACAAUGAAGCUCCGAGUACCCAAGUCGCUGCGGCACUAUUCCAGGAGCUAUGUUACGAGAACAAGGAUAUGCUAAGUGCCGGUAUCAUCAUUGCCGGAUAUGAUCCGAAGCACGGAGGUCAGGUGUAUUCGAUACCUUUGGGCGGGUCCCUCCACAAACAACCGUACUCGAUUGGCGGGUCCGGAUCGACCUAUAUCUAUGGCUACUGUGACAAGCACUGGAAGGAGGACAUGACGGAGCAAGAAGGCAUCGAUUUCGUUCGCGGAGCGCUGCAAGAAGCAAUCAAGUGGGAUGGCAGCUCUGGUGGUGUAAUCCGACUGGUGGUGCUGACGUCCCAGGGCGCCCAGCGGCACCUCUACCUGCCGGACAAUGGCUACACCGGACCGGGCGUUACCAAUUAACGAAUGUAUCUAUACGGGACGAUGAUUUGAGUUAGCUGUUGAUGAUCUAUUGAUUCUUCGGUUCGAGUAGAUGUCGUUUUUCCGAUUGUAACAGUCCGGUGCGUGGGAGACCAUCUUCACCGGUGGACAGGGCGUGUGAUCAUUCGGGUGAUUGAUAGGGCUGUUUCAAGCCCCUUUUAUCUUUAUACUUUGUCUGGCCGGCGGUAUGACUUGAAUGUACGGAGUACUCCGUACCGUUCAAUGUAUUGUUGAGGCGCACCAUGCAUCUCGAUAGCUGGGGUCAUCC